GAGAACACGCUUGACGGACUACAUUCGAGCUCAGACGCUUGUGAUAACACAAACAAACAAAACAAACACCAAAAUGUUCAAAUACGUACUGUUCGCCGCUCUCCUGGCUUUCGCCGCCGCCAAGCCCCUAGUAGUGGAAUAUCCGGUUGCCGCUGCGUAUACCGCGCCAGUGGCCGCCGCAUACACCGCAGCGUACACCGCGCCUGUUGCGUACUCUGCGUACUCGCCGUAUGCCUACUCUGCGUAUACUUACGCUUCACCUUACUCGUACUACGUUCGCUGAAGUCUGACUGUGUAACCUUUACCUCAUGAACACGCCAAAUAUUUAUUGAAAAAUGCAAAUAAAUGUGCAUAAGCAAGCUUGCAGUAAUC